CGGUGAAGUGUCCAAAUCGUCGCUUGGCUUGGCCUGCCAGCAGAAUAAAAAGGGGAAUAUAAUUUGGGUAAUCUUUGCCCUGCUUAGAUCAUUCCGGCGAGUGCAUCGAAAGUGAAAAGGUGUGCAGUGUUGUCCCAAUUCAGCUCAGUGUGAAGUGAUACGGCGACUAAGUGUCAAGAAAAAGCUUACACAAAAGCAGCUUGAUUCAGACAAAGCGUUUUGUUUUGUUCUUGUCCGUGAGUGAGCGAUAGUGAACCAAAACAACUCAUCGCACUAAAAUGGAGGAGGAUAACAAAAAGCCGUACAAGAUCAAAGACAUCACCCGGGCGAUAAAGAAAGCGGUCGUUGCCGGCACGCUGGAUGAGGUUCGGGCCAAAUCGGCGGAAAAAUUUGGACGCACCGAUCUGCCUAAUAUCCACCUGGACUCGGACGGAACCGAGGUGGACGAUGAAGAUUACUUCCAAACGCUGGAACCGAACGCAGAAUUGAUAGCAGUCUUCCCUGGCGAGCAGUGGAUUGAUCCAACCCACUACGUCACCAUAACGACCCACAAGGAAUCGGGCGACAUCACCGACAGUCCCGAGGUGGAGCGAAUACAUCUGAAGAAGCUGGUCGCCCAAAUGAAGUCGAACCUGUGCAACGUGUCGGUACUGAGCGAACCGGACCUGGAGCUGCUGUCCAACAUGGACCCGAACUCGGUGGCGGACAUCACCGGGCGGGACUUCAUCGAGCAGCUCAAGGAAGCAUCAGGCAGAAUCCUGCAUGAAAAACGACAGGCACUUGACGCAAUUGAGCUGCUAAAGCUGAUCGCCAAGCAGAAGGCCUCGAUCCCGAGCGUCGUACACAACAUUCCCGGCGGUGAUAAUGACGAUGAUGAGGAUGAUGUUAAUGAAAAUGACUGUGACAGUAAUGAAUGCGUGGAGGGCGGCAGCUUAGGUGGGCGCACGAUGCGCCUCCAUUCAACGGCGAUGGCGGAUGAACUGGACAGUGUCAAUCGGGGCGCAGUGGUCGGUAGCAAUAGCAGCAGCAGUGGAAAUCAAAUUAUACUUGAGUUGGAUCCCAGAACGCUAGCCACAUUCCAGCAACAGCAACAGCAGCAGCAUCAGCAGCAACAACAACAGCAACAGAUCAUUCAGCAAAACAAGAUAAAUGCAUCUAGUAACCCAGCAACGGUAACCGUAGAUCGUAGCAGUAGUGAUGCUUCUGCGAACAUUUCCAGUCGAGGUGAAACGUCAAAUAUUUGAUACAUGGUUUAUCAGUUUAGCUUAUGUCAUAAAUAGGCACUUUUAAAUGGUUGGAGUUGUCGUUUCUAU